AUGAGUUUCAAUCUAGACAUGCUUUUCUUUGAACCCGCUGACUCGUGCCUGGACAACUUGACGGCCUACCCAUACAGGCAUGAAGUCUCUGAAGCCAAACAUGGAGAAUCAUUGCGGGCGGCGGACAUGAACGACGAGGAGCUGGAAGAAGGAGCGAGCGAACAGAGGCGUCUUCGAUCCACCAUUGCACAUCUCAGUAAACAGUAUGAUUAUUGGAAGGCACAAGCUGAAGAGCAUGGCAAGACCAUUGCAGAACUGGAUCAGCGGACAUCCAGAGAUAGAGGUUACUCGAAGCUCCCUCGCGACAUCCAGGGCGGCAUUAAUCGCCUGGAAAGCGAAACGGUACGCCUGCGUGCAGAGAACGCUCAACCGAAGGAGACGCACAAGAUGACUGAGCGCGAGAAUGUCCUCCUUGGCACUCAAAACGAGAGCAAGGCUAACAAACUCAAAGGUGCAAACACAAAGGUGAAGAAUGCUAAGCAAGCUGCCAGUAAAGAGGAGGAAAAAGCGAAAGAAGCGAUGGAAGCCAAGCAACGCCAUCUCGCAUCUCAACGCAAAAUGAAGAAGGAACGCGAUGAUACUCUGGCUGCGAUGCAGGAACAAAGGAAACUGAAUGAAGUUCUUCGCGCAGAGCUUGAAACAGAGCAGUCUGGCGUUCCGCACAUGCGUGAUGCUGCUAUCGAUCCGGAUAAUACUGUUGUUGUGGUCCCGAUUGAAUGUGAGGUUCGACGUGUCGACGUUCAGCGCAUCAUGGUGGAGUUGAACCAGCGCCAGAUAGACUGGACUGUAGAUAUCGAAAUGGCGUGGGCUUGGAAAGAAGAGUGGUUAGGUUUUUCUUGUGGGUUCUCACAGAAGAAGAGGAAUGUGAAGGUGGUGUACGAGAAUAUGCUCAAUGGACUGAAUGGCUAUAUCGAGAGAGAGGUGGGGAAUGACGGUCAGCACUCCAGGCGUGCUUUGGAGGCUCCCUGUCGUUAUACGAAAGCAUUCCAUGAUGAAGAGGUGUAUGUAUCUACAGGGGCAUUGGGAAGCGCCGAGUAG